AUGCAGGUUUCGUUGCUGCGAUCAAUGCGGCCACAGCCAGAAAACACCAGAGGAGGAGAUUGCUCGGCAUUGGAGUUCGCAGAGCCCCGGCUCGGGCCUGUUCUUCUUGUGACGCGGGAGGAUCUCGAGCAAUUCGAUACGAGGGAUUGGGAAGAGUACUUCCGGGCGUCCUCGGCGGCGAGACCCUUCCCCGUGGAGGUAGCUCUGGUGAUUGCGCUCGCUGCGCUCUCCUUGGUGUUUGCCGUCAUGGCGACCAAGGCUCGGAAGAGGCGGCGCGGAGACGCUGGCACGCCGAAAGGCCUGGCCGAGGCCGACGGGGUGCUCUGGCUGGCGCGGGGGCGCGUCCGCGCGGAGAUCGAGCUGACUCAGAGGAUGAUCGCCGGGCUGCGCCAGGCACGCUCCGACUCCCAGGAAGGAGCGGCUCCUAAGAUAAUUUCGACGAAGGCUCGGAAGAGGCGGGGCGGAGGUGGUGGCGGACGAGGGGGAGGAACAAGCAGCGGCGGAGGCGGUGGUGGCCUCCUCCCUUUGGUUCCCAGACACGCGGGCAAGCGGAAUGGCCUGGCCGAGGCCGACGCGGCGGUCUGGCUGGCGCGGGUGGUGGCCACGGGGAUGCGGGGGCGCGGCCGCGCGCACAUCGAGCCGACGCAGAAGAUGAUCGCGGGGUUGCGCCAGGCACGCUCCAAAUCUCACUCCCAGGAAGGAGUAGCUCCUAAGAUCAGCAACUUGUCAAGUUAUGCACAGAAGCGUGUUAGAACAGUCCCUGUGAAUCAUCUAGCUGCUAUCCCUGAGUGGAAAACUGCUGCAUCUGAAGCAGAAGCUGAUGAUUACAAAGCUGCAACCUUAGCAAAACUGGGCACAACUGUCUGUCGCCUGAACAUAGAUAUCCCAGCCAGUGAUGAGUCAGAGAAGAUGAGGAAAGAAGUGGUGGACAGGUGCAGGUGUGCCCAUCCAGGAUCCGAGGACUGUGUACGCGUUCAUGUCGGCAAGGCGAGGAGCUGGAUCAAGGAUCAGUUGGGUGAGGAAGCUUUCAGAAACUGCGGGCUUGAUGCGAUGGGUGAGCAAGUUGCAGAGUUAUGGGCUUCAGUUGACAGAAAGAAACUCGAAGAUCUUGACAAGUUGGUUCCACAGAAUAAACCCCAGAAGUUCAUGGAGACUGCCUUGAAGGAGCUAGGACAAAAGGAAACAAAGGAUCUUGCAAAGUACUGCUACAAUGUUUUUCUUCCCAGAAGAUUGGCAAGCUUGACCAGGGCAGAGCAUAAAAAUGACGAAGCUGUUGACUGGGAGGAUGAAAAGAGUGACCAAGAGGAUGACAGGAACGACCGUUCGCCUCGAAAGAAGAAUAAAACAUCAGGAUCUUCUUCUUCCACAAGCUGCAGGAAGUAGAAGAUCCGGGAGGAAUUCGACGAGUGAGCCAACAGUCACAGUGCAGCGGAAGACAAAUCGGUACCGUACCUUCAUUUGCAGUGGGAAGAGGAAUUAGGAAACUUCAGAAAGCUGUUCUUCGUGUUAGGAGUCUGGAGGCAAUCAACUGGAAGUACUCGAAAGAUUGUACAAGUAGAUGAUUCUGUCCUUAGUUACUGGCGGUGUGGUGGCGAACACCUGAAGCACCGAGUGAACACAUUGUUCAUGAGUUUUGUUGUUGUUAUCAGAGAGUGGAUAUAGAAACCUUGCCAGAAAUAUACGUACAUGUUUAGUGGAUUCUUUCUGGAACUGAAAUUUCUGCGGAUGCAGUUUGCUGUUUUGGUGUAUGUAUCUACGGUUUUCGAGGAAUUGUACAUGCAGGCUUGAGUUUGAACUUCUGCUCUGACGUA